AUGCGAGUGAAGAGUACGUUAAAAAAACUAAGUGCUGAACGUUUGAAUAACACGCGUAAAGCCGAGAUUGAUGUUAUCUUCUUCAAUCGCUGUGCUAAAGUCGGUAGCGAAUCAUUGCUUGAACUUUUUAACAAACUUGAAGACUUCAACAACCUGGUUAUUGAGCGUGAAGGUCUGCGUAGACCUACCAAACGUCAGUUGAAGAAAAAAGAACAGAUUGAAUUGGCCGAAACCAUAUCUGGGUUCGCUGAUGGUUCGGUAUAUAUAGAACAUGUGAAUUGGAUUGAUUUCGAAGAAUACGAUUUGCCAAAACCGAUCUACAUAAAUUUAGUGCGUGAUCCAGUGGAGCGUGUAAUCAGUUGGUAUUUUUAUGCACGCGGUGCUUAUAAGAAUGCCAUUGAAUAUCGCAAGGAUCCCAAUAAACCAAUAAGAUCAACGCAAUGGUACAAAAAGGAUUUCAAUGAAUGCGUGCGUAGCGGUGAUCCAGAGUGUCAAUAUGUGCCAUUCACAACCAAGGAUUUUACUGGAAAUUACAAAAGGCAAACGCUCUUUUUCUGUGGCCAUCAUGAGGAUUGCUUGCCUUUCAAUUCACCGGCAGCUGUACAGAUGGCAAAAGAGCAUGUCGAACGAGAUUAUGCGGUGGUUGGUUCUUGGGAGGACACCAAUAUAACGCUUACUGUUUUUGAGAAGUACAUACCACGUUUCUUCCAGGGAGCGAAAAUUCUGUUUGAGAUACAUAAUAAUGAAAUAACAACCCGAAAUAAGAACAAACGAAAACCUAAAAUAGACGCGGAUGUCAAAGAAAUGAUACGUAAGAACUUCACCAACGAGUAUGAUUUUUAUUAUUUCUGCAAGCAACGUCUUUACAAACAAUAUUUGGCUCUGCGUUCCUUAACCACCUCAUCUCUGAACAACACAAGAAAAGCGGAUAUAGACAUAUUGUUUUUUAAUCGCUGCGCAAAAGUGGGAAGCGAGUCGAUGAUACAAUUAUUAGGCAAUUUGGAAACAAUUAAUGGCUUCAACCUUGACCGUUUUGGUCCAGGCAAAGGAGCCAGACGUAACCUCCAUCCGAGGGAACAAGAGAGAGUUGCCGACUACGUCUUUCGCUUGGGUGCUGGGUCAGCUUAUGUUGAGCAUAUAGCGUGGAUAAAUUUUUAUGAUUUUGGCUUGCCGAAGCCGAUCUAUAUAAAUUUAGUGCGCGAUCCAGUCGAACGGGUGAUCAGUUGGUAUUUCUAUGCACGCAACGCGUACAAAAAUGCCUGGGUAUUUCGCAAAAACCCAAAUGCAAAUCUUAAGUCGGCUGUAUGGUUUAAAAAGGAUUUCAACGAAUGUGUGCGCAGUGGAGAUCCUGAAUGUCAAUACGUGCCAUACACUUUUGUGGACAGUACAGGGAAUUUCAAAAGGCAAUCGCUGUUCUUUUGUGGUCAGAAUUUAGAUUGCUUGCCUUUCGAUUCUCCAUAUGCUAUACAGAUAGCCAAGGAUCGUGUGGAACGUGACUACGCCGUUGUCGGUUCGUGGGAGGAGACAAACGUCACUUUAACGGUUUUGGAGAAUUAUAUUCCACUUUUCUUCAGCGGAGCAAAACGCGUUUAUUACUUAAAUAAGGAGAGUCUCGAAAAUCGCAAUCGUAAUAAUCGGAAACCAUAUGUGGCAGAAGAUGUGAAGCAGAUGAUACGUAGGAAUUUUACAAAUGAAUACGAUUUUUAUCACUUUUGUAAGCAGCGGCUCUUCAAGCAAUAUCUAGCUCUUAAUCACAAGGAGUUUCCUAUUAAUUAAAAUUAUAUUUAGACUAGAUGAAAUUUCGUUAUAAGAAAAAAAUAAUAA